AUGUCGUUUUGGGGUGUGGAGGUGAAGGCGGGUGAGACGGUGGUGGUGGAUCCCACAGAGCAUGACUUCGACUACAUACACCUGUCCCAGGUACCACCUGCACUGCUUGCUCCUGUCCCAGGUACCACCUGCACUGCACGCUCCUGUCCCAGGUACCACCUGCACUGCACGCUCCUCUCCCAGGUGCAUCUGUUCCAAGUACGCCUGUCCCAGGCGAGUCUGGGCGAGGUGGCCGAGGACCACGUGCAGGUGGUGCUAAAGGCGAGUCUGGGCGAUGCAGCCAAGGACCACGAGCGGGUGGUGCUCAAGGCGAGUCUGGGUGAGGCAGCCAAGGACCAUGGGAGAGUGGUGCUCGAGGCGAGUCUAGGCGAGGCGGCCAAGGACCACGAGCGGGUGGUGCUCAAGGUCAGGCAGGUGGAAUUUCCCGAAGACUCUGAUGACUCUGAUGAUGAUGACAACAGCGAUGACAGCAAUGAUAGCGAUGAGAAUGAUGAUGACGGCAAGGGCAAGGCGGGGAAGGGGGCGUUGAAGUCCAAGUCGUUUGCAGUGGGGCCUGAGGUGGUGCUGGGUGUGCUGAUGAAGGGGCGGGUGGAUUUCGCAGCCAUGGACCACAUAUUCGACCGGCAGUUCAGCCUGGCCCACACGGGCAGCCACAGCGUGUUCUUCUCGGGGUACAAGACCUCUGACUCUUCUGUUGCUGAGUCCCUGUAUGAUGAUGACGAGGAAAUUGAGGAGGAUGAGGAAGAGGACGAGGAGGAGGACAGUGAUGAGGAUGAUGAUGAGGAAGAGGAAGACGAAGAAGACGAGGCGAUGGAAGGCAGUGACGAUGAGGAAGCAGCGGCAGCAGCCAUGGCAGCUGAGAAAUCGUCAAAGGGGAUGGCGGCGGCUGCAGCAGCUGCUGUUGAGAAGCGAGCACGCAUCAAGUCUGGAAAGAAGGGCACUCCAGUGCCCUCCCCAGCAGGGGGAAGAGGGGCAGCAGCAUUAGCAACACCAGCAGCAGCAUCAAAGCAAGGAACUCCAAUGGCGGCAAGAGCUGAAGGCAAAGAUUCCGCACCGCGGAACGGGAAGGAAGUGACACCAAAGAAAGAGCCUGUGACGGGCAGCAAGCGGGCAUCAGUGAGCAUCGUCACUCCGCCCUCCUCGAAAGGCAAGGGGGAGAAGACUGAGCGGAAGAAGCCUCGCCCCGACACCCCCGCUGCCAUCAAGACAGCAGCCAAGGUGAAGCCGCAGGCAGCUGCAACAGUAACCUCUCCUCAGGCCCAGAAGACGGCACGGCAGUUCUCCUGCGGAGCGGAGGUGACGGGAACAUUGGGGUUGGGGUUGGGGGACACGCUGCCUGACAUGCGCCUUGGCUUUUGUUCCCUGAAAACCUGCCCCUCACCAAGCCACCGACUGCUGCGGUUUUUCACCAACCUCAAGGCCUCAUCCGUCCGUUGA